AUAAAAAACAUUGCAGCUGCCAAUUCCAAACUCUUCAGAGAGUACAUCGGGGUGGAAUCCGGUACGGUCAGACUGUCCGACCUGCCUAUAAACUCGGAAGUUGAGUUCCACGUUAUCCUUUCCUUUGCAAUCGACUACACGACUUCGAACAACCCUUCCCCCACGGAUGGGAAAUUCAACGUCUUCUGGGGGACCAGCCACCUCUCCCAUUCCAACAUCUCCUCGAUGAAGCAAAAGCAUCCCAAUGUUAAGUUUGCAGUCAUCCUGGGAGGAGACAGUGUUGCUGGCUGCUAUGCGUACCUUGCACCAAAAUCGACCAAGUCCUGGGUUACGAAUGCAGUCUCAUCGAUCACAAGGAUGGUCAGAGAGUUCGACUUGGAUGGGGUAGAUAUCGACUAUGAGCACUUCAAGGCCAGCCCCGUGGUCUUUGCAGAAUGCAUUGGACAGCUCAUAACACUCCUGAAGAAGGACAAGGUAAUUUUGUUUGCCUCGAUCACUCCCUACGAUAGCAGUCCGGUUCAAGACCAGUACCAAGCUCUUUGGAAGAAGUACGGGCCUUACGUCAACUUCCAAUUCUAUGCAUAUGAUCGGAUUGGGGUCCCGCAGUUCGUGGGGCAUUUCAACCAACAGGCCCAUAACUACAACGGGGGCCAUACUCUUGCGAGUUUUCUUGUUCAGACAUUUUAAUUUAUCAAUUUGGAUGAUAUGUAAAUUAAAUGCUGUUUCCUCCCUGUUAAUUUGUUCAGUGUCCAGCAGUAAAUUAUCACAUAUUAGUAGUUUACUCUUCAGGAAAUACUUUUAUAUGCA